GGUGGACCCCGGGUCCAUGCUUUCCAUGCUGCCCAUGCCGCUGAGGAGAGGCUUCUCAAGAACCUGUUUGCCCACUACAACAAGCUGUCCCGGCCCGUGGCCAACACCUCCGACGUGGUGCUUGUUCACUUUGGCCUCUCCAUCGCCCAGCUCAUCGACGUGGACGAGAAGAACCAGAUGAUGACGACCAACGUCUGGGUAAAACAAGAGUGGAAUGAUUAUAAGCUCCGCUGGAAGCCAGAGGAGUACGAGAACGUCACCUCCAUCCGCAUCCCAUCGGAAAUCAUCUGGAGGCCUGAUAUUGUGCUUUAUAACAACGCUGAUGGUGACUUCGCGGUGACCCACCUGACCAAGGCCCACCUGUUCUACGACGGGCGCAUCAAGUGGAUGCCGCCGGCCAUCUACAAGUCCUCUUGCAGCAUCGACGUCACCUUCUUCCCCUUCGACCAGCAGAACUGCAAGAUGAAGUUUGGCUCGUGGACUUACGACCGUGCCAAGAUCGACUUGAUCAGUAUAGCCAGUGACGUGGACCAGAUGGACUACUGGGAGAGCGGCGAGUGGGUGAUCAUCAACGCCGUGGGCAAGUACAACACCAAGAAGUACGAGUGCUGCACAGAGAUCUACCCCGACAUCACCUAUUACUUCAUCAUCCGCAGGCUGCCGCUUUUCUACACCAUCAACCUGAUUAUACCAUGUUUGUUGAUCUCCUGUCUGACUGUCUUGGUGUUCUAUCUGCCCUCCCAGUGUGGCGAGAAGAUCACCCUGUGUAUCUCUGUGUUGCUGUCUCUCACCGUCUUCCUCUUGCUCAUUACUGAGAUCAUCCCGUCCACCUCGCUGGUCAUCCCGCUCAUCGGCGAGUACCUCCUCUUCACAAUGAUCUUCGUCACCCUCUCAAUCAUCAUCACCGUCUUUGUGCUCAAUGUGCACCAUCGCUCGCCGCGCACCCACGGCAUGCCUCAAUGGGUGCGGCGGGUCUUCCUGGACCUGGUGCCUCGUGUGCUUUUCAUGAAGCGGCCACCGGCCACCGCCAAGCAGAACUGCCGGAAGCUGAUUGAGAUGAUGCACCAGACCAGCUCCUCGACAGCAGCCGGUCAGUCGCAGUCUUUCUGGGCCGGGGUGGAGACGGGGCUAGGACAGCUAGGACACACACUGCCUGCCACCCACUCUGACAGCUCCAACAUCCUGGCCCUUUCCCCUUCGCCCUCCCCCUCUCCUCCCCAGGGCCUGCCCUUGGAGGAGCACCCCCUCAAGGCCCCCCAGCCCUUCUGCCGCUCUCCUUCCAGCCAGUACUCCAUCCUCUUGGAGGAGCCUGGCAAGCUCGGGAACACCGCCUCCCCUUUGUCCUGCUCAACCCACUCCUCCACCCCGUCCUCCUCCUCCCCCCCGUCUCUGCUGCUGGGUCCCCUGGGUCCAGUCCACUCUCUGCCCCGGGACGAGCAGCGAAUACUCUCCCCCAACGGGCGGAGCCACAGUGUAGAAAACGUGUUUGACCAGAGGGAGCCUAACCGGGAGCCCCCCCAGAGGGCCGGGCACUGCUGCCGCUCCCACAGCUUCCAAUACUGCUGCCUGCACGAAGAAGGGGGUGGGGUUGCUGGUGGUGGCAAGGGCCGAGGGGCUGUAGGUGAAGGAAGGCUAAAGAGACAGGUCCUGCUAGACCAACUAGGUAGAGCCUCCUCCACAGAGCCCACCAUGGGUCUAGUGAUCCGGGAAACCAUGGUCCCCACAAUAUCCCCGUCGAUGAGAAGGGCCAUAGAGGGCGUGCAGUACAUUGCUGACCACCUCAGGGCAGAGGACGCUGACUUCUCAGUAAAGGAGGACUGGAAGUAUGUGGCCAUGGUCAUUGACAGGAUAUUUCUCUGGAUGUUUGUACUAGUGUGUAUACUGGGAACACUGGGACUAUUCCUUCCUCCUUGGCUGGCUGGAAUGAUCUAGAAACCUAGAUUCCAGACACAAUGAAACCGUGUGGAAGUCCGGUUCCGAGAGAGAUUAACAACAAGAGACACAGAGUUACAAUGCAAAGUUACCUGUGAGUCUCUCUAGGCCAAUGUAUUUCUAGAUUUUCUAAUAAUGGUUGAUUUGUAUUUUAUGCCUUUUUUGUUGCUUUUUGGAUUGAACGUGUAAGUCACUGUCUUUAUUUGUGUGUUGCCAUUGUGCACAGGUUAUCGUGAGGUUAUUCACAGAGAAAUGGAGGGGAUGUGUCUUUCAUUGAUUCCACAGAACAUAUGAAUUCUUUAUGAGACCAAAAGGCCGACAGUGAAAACAUCCUUCUACAUAAUUCCAUUUUGACAUUGAGCUGCGUAGCCCAGGUCCUCACCUAUGUAUAACGAAUGAAGGAUGGGCUGACCUGCGCACGUUGCUGAUUCAUUAGCUUGAAAUGCUAAAACUUGAAUUGAUCAGUUUAAAUUAAAUGGAGGUUAAUGAAAAAAAUCCCAUCCCUAUGACCGUUUGUUCAUCUGAUAUUUAAUUUUGCCUGAUGACAAUAAACUAUAUAU